AGAAUCGUCUCCCGGAGGUCGUGGACGUCGGCUGCUGGACGGAUGGUCAGUUGGGGGAACACGAAACGAUAUCGCGUCGCUAAAUAUAAUACGAAGGCAUAAGAUUCUACUAAGCGUCCGCCACGGCACGCGGCAUGACGGCGAUGGCGACGGCGAUGGCGACGGUAGUCACCGUUUGAGACCAACGGCGUUCGUACUGUCGAGCUUUCGUCGCCUUCGUCAACCGUAAUCGCGGAAGUACCGCCAUCGCGUUUUCAAGAGCAAACUGUGAAGUGGUGAAACCCUUCCCGAGCAGGUGCGUCCGCGAGUGAGGAACUCUCGAGUUGCGACUUGUCGAGGGGGUUGCUAAUAUUUUUGACGGAGUUUCUUCACCGGAACUCGAUCGAUCGUCGUCGUCGCUUAAAACCGUAGAGAUGAGUAUCCAGAAGCCUGAAGACCUUUUGUCGGUUGUUAUAUCAACUGAACUUCCAUCGUCGAAUUCCCGACAGCUAUUUAUAAGUCAAGAUCAACAGGAUGAAGAAGCGUCCGAUUGUCCCCUAUUAACGCCAAGUCCACCACCUACCCAAACAGACGAAGCUCUGCAAUCGACACCGAUAUUCAAUACUCUGGAAGGAGCUCCAUUAGAGAUGAUACCCACGCCAACGCUUGAAAAUAUUAAUACGGAAGACGGACUUAACUUCAUGAACAUAGUGAACAGUUCGAGUAAACCUUUGCACGACGAACCGAGUUCACGUGAUCCAAUGGUGGAGUCCACUAGCAGCGGUAGCAGCAGUGAUACAAACGAACCUGUUUGCGCACAAUUGUUGACACAAUUGAAUACUGCCUAUCAACAUCUCGCACCAGAUGCUCAAGCUUUAUUUUACAACCAGGAGAACGGUGGCAAGCCACCGCUCGUUGGGAUUCAAUUGGUGGUGCCAAAGCCGCCGAAAGAUUAUCGCUUUAUGAAGUGGAACUGGCCGCUGAUACGGAAGACAUGCUAUUGGUCAUUGAUGUCGAUCCUGACCGGAUGCGCCGCACUCGUUAUUGGCAUCAUUGCCACAAUGCCUAAGAAAUGCGACCCGCCGGUGGAAUGGUGGCAAGGCAGCACCUUCUACGAAAUAUUCCCGGCGUCUUUCCAGGACUCGAUAAAGGACGCGAACGGAAUCGGCGAUCUGCGGGGGAUAAUCAUGCGGCUGGACUAUUUGAAGGACCUCGGAAUACAGGCCGUUCGACUGAACUCGAUCUUCCCGGCGCCGCACUACCCAGAGUAUUACUCGGACGUCAGCAACAUGAUGAAGGUGAACCGGGAGCUGGGCACACUGGAGGAUUUCUCGGUGCUCGUGCGCGAGAUACACAAGCGGAACAUGAGCUUAGUCCUCGACUUGCCUCUGUACCCGUUCGUGAAAAGUUUGAACGACGAAGUGGCGAGGUCGAACGUGACUGAACAUGCAUCCCGAGAGAGACGAGAUCUCUUAAAUAACAUGAUAACUCCGGACACCCUGCCGUCCGCACCGUCGGCAUCGAUCAAGACUAUCCGCGACGUCCUGACGUCGCCGCUGCCGAAGAUAAAGAGGCAGACGUUCCCAACGGAUCGUCAUCGGGAGCAUCCAGUCAGCGAGGCCAUCAGGUUUUGGCAGCACCUAGACGUGGACGGUUUCUAUCUAAAAGGGCUGGAGCACUACGUCAACGAUGAUAUGUUUGUAAACGAUCUCAGGUACUGGCGGUCUCUCCUGAACCCAGACAGUAUUUUCAUCUGUCACGUGAGCGUCCUGGACGCUGCCACGUCCGCCGCCGCGAGGAACUCCAUUUUGUCCAGGAUCGAUCUGAUUGAUGUGACCCUCCGUUUGUCGAACGGCACAAGGAACAUCAAGGCGCAGAUUGAGAGAGUCACGAAGGGCAUGCUCUUCGAGAAAUCCGGUUAUCCAUGGAUCCAUUGGUCCGUAGGUGGUGUGGACACCAGCAGAGUGGCCUCCAUCGUGACCGUCAGAAACGCCAGCGUGGCGGGUUCUCUUCUCGGCAUGAUGCUACCAGGAACACCGAGUAUAUUUUACGGAGAUGAGAUAGGUAUUGAAGAUUGUGAGUGCCAGGAUCACAAGGAUUUGGCACACGUGCACAAUUUAGUUCCUAUGUAUUGGGAGAAGGAAGACGGCUCCGGUAGCAGUUUCACACCAUUAGGGGUUACCGCUUGGUUACCGGAAGGUGGGAAACCUAUGGAGACCAGUUUAACAAGCACCAUCACACAAAUGACGAGGCUAAGAAUGGAAGCGACGCCGAUUUACAUCAAAGCGGUGUUAAGGGAGAGCCAAAUUACUGCAAACUGUGAUGUUAGAUACGUGGAAGAUGAAAUGAUCGUGAUAGAACGAUGGUACCCACGUAGAAAUUCCUACGUGUUUGUGGCCAAUUUCGGCAACGAAACGCGAAAAAAAGAUUUGUCGUUUCUUUAUUACGGCGGUCACGUUGUUGUUGGCCCAAAGUACAGAAUGAAUCAGAACGUGUACUUUAAAGAACUUAUUGUCCCUCCUGGAGAAGCAUUUGUUAUAAAAUUAGAUAAAUAAGAAAGUCUUUUGGUCAAUCAAUAGGCUUGCUUAUUGUCUGAUUAUAUUUUUAUUUUGACUUUUGUCAUAUAAAAACAGUUGUCAGUAUUUUAAAUACCUUUAUAUAUCUUUAAAAAUAUGGGUACCUUACAACGAAAUAAAAUUUUAUAAAAUUUUA